ACUUUUUUUUACUGCUGCUGCUCCCAGAUCUUGUAUGGUCACUCUGUAUCAGGACAUUUUGUUGAAUGUUUUGCUGUAUGGUCUGUCUCUCCAGAGAAGUUCUUCUCUGUCUGCAUGGAGGAGGGGUGGGCUGCAAUGGAGUCUGCUUCACCUCCUGCAAUCUCUGCUGGCCUCUUGCUUCUGAGUUUUUCUGCACUGUGGUUUUGCUAUCACUUUUUCCUUCAGGACGCUGCACAUUCCAUUCACACUGAUUAAAAGGACAAAGAUCCUACAAAAACAAGACAAGACACCCAAAAAAGUCCACAGGUCACUAACUUCCUGCACUGAGACGUAGCCAUGAAUUUCCUCCGCAGACGUCUCUCCGACAGCAGCUUUGUGGCUAACCUGCCCAAUGGCUACAUGAUGGACCUUCAACGACCAGACAAUUCCACCAGCUCCCCAGUAUCUCCAGCACUGGAGAGGAAGCAACAACCACCACAGCAAGUCCCAGCAUCCUCCACAUCUACAUCUGGAACCAGUCUCUUCAGCUCUAUAACGAAUGCAGUAAAAUCGACCUCUCAAGCUGCUGCAGGGCUUGUGGAACACACAGGACCUCCUGCCCCUCCUGUGGUCCUGAAACCCAAGAUUCUUUUGGUCAUUGAUGAUGCACAUACAGAUUGGGCCAAGUAUUUCAGAGGGAAGAAGGUGAACAUGGAAUAUGAAAUUCGGGUGGAGCAGGCUGAGUUCUCGGAGCUGAACCUGGCAGCAUAUGUGGAUGGUGGCUGUAUGGUGGACAUGCAGGUUAUGCGGAAUGGCACCAAGGUGGUGAGAUCUUUCAAGCCAGACUUUGUUCUGAUCCGACAGCACGCAUACAGCAUGACGCCUGGAGAGGAUUUCCGCAGCCUGAUCAUGGGGUUACAGUAUGGUGGGGUCCCAUGUGUCAACUCUCUCUACUCCAUCUACAACUUCUGCAGCAAGCCCUGGGUGUUUUCACAGCUCAUAAAGAUCUUCCAGAGACUGGGUGCCGAGAAGUUCCCCUUGAUCGAGCAGUCCUUCUUCCCAAACCACAAACAGAUGCUGACAACACCAAAUUUUCCAGUGGUGGUGAAAAUGGGGCACGCUCACGCAGGAAUGGGCAAGGUAAAAGUGGAUAACCAGUACGACUUCCAGGAUAUGUCCAGCAUCGUGGCCAUGGCAAAAACCUACGUGACCUCCGAGCCUUUUAUAGACUCCAAAUACGACAUCCGCAUCCAGAAAAUUGGGAAUAACUACAAGGCUUAUAUGCGCACAUCAAUUUCUGGAAACUGGAAAGCAAACACCGGCUCAGCCAUGUUGGAACAGAUAGCCAUGACUGACAGGUACCGUUUAUGGGUGGACUCCUGCGCUGAGAUGUUCGGAGGUUUAGACAUUUGCGCUGUUAAAGCAGUGCAUAGCAAAGAUGACAAAGAUUAUAUCAUCGAGGUAAUGGACAGCUCCAUGCCACUGAUCGGAGAACACGUGGAAGAAGAUCGCCAGCUUGUGGCUGAUCUUGUGGUGGCUAAAAUGACGCAGCACGUCCAUAUGAAAUCUCCAACAGCCCCAGUUCCGAGAAACCAGCCACAACAGCUGCAGCCGCAGGCAGUCAAACCACAGAUGCAGCCCCAGCCGGGUCCACCAGGCGUGGGGGGUACUCCGACUUCAGCUCAAUCAAGGCCACCCCCACAAGGUGGAGUCCGUCCAGCACAAGGUGCAGGCCCUCCCAGGACGGCAGGCCCUCAACAGCAGAGGCUUUCUCCACAGGGACAGCAGCCCUCCCAGCCCAGCUCACCACAGCCUCAGAGGUCUCCGAAUUCUCCCCAGCUCCCAAGACCUGCAAGUGGAACUCCUCCAGGCCAGGCACCCAGUAAAUCGGCUUCUACUUCCCCCCAACAGACUAGACCUGCAGGACAAGGGCAGGCAGAGAACCAACAGGCACCUCUUGGAUCAACAGCAAAGACUCAGCCAUCACCUCACCCACACCUCAAUAAAUCGCAGUCACUAACCAACAAUUUUAAUAUCUCGGAUCCAUCCCAACGAAGCUCCGGGAAUGAGGAUGAAGCGAAAGCAGAAACUAUUCGCAACCUGAGAAAAUCAUUUGCAAGUCUGUUCUCCGACUAAACAAGCUCAUAUUAUUCUCUGGUGUUGAGCACUGCUCUUCGUACAGCCACCUAAACAAACACAACAUGAAAAGCUAAUUCCCAUUAUGACACCUUAUUGUGCUGGAUCAUCUUGACACAUCUAUUCUUAUCCUAAAAGAACCAUGAGACACUCAUGAGAACAUCUGAAUCUUCUCUUUAACAGCAACUAUAUCUCAAAAUUGGACAUCUUCCUUGGAAACCCCCAAUAGAUCCUCAGCUUCAUGAAUGUUUGUAACUAGUUGGAAUCACAGCCUGAAACAUAGAAAGGAUCCCUUCACCUGGUGAAAGUCAUCUUCAGCUUUCUUAUCUUAUCUCUCCAGUGGUGUCUUGCAUCUAUAUAGUUUACCAAGCAUGAAUAUGUGUUCUGAUAUCUCGUACCCGUGGUGCUCAACCCUCAUCCUCAGGAACCCAAAACAUGAAAUAUUCUGGAGAGACUGGCAUUUAGCCUAACCUUGAGUACAGAGUUUCCGGAUAUAUAAGGCAAUCUAAAACAUGAAGCCCAACUUCUUAGCACAUCUUAGCAUAUUCUUACAACAUCUUCGGCCAUCUCACCAUAGACCCUUACCACAGUGAAGACCACAAAGUCUUCUCAUUGAACUUCUCUACUCUCCUGUAUCUCUGUGGAGUCCAGAUAUUGUUAGUCUAGCGAGUUGCCUCAUUCUCUCAUACUAAUGCUUGAAAAUAGAUCCUGCCUAUGCUGCCAUUGUCUGAGAUCAGGCAUAUCAAAUGAUGCUGCAAGGUGCAGAUAAAGCCAUUGAAAUUCAUGACACCACCACCAACCUGCCCCUGCUGUAUCCUCAUCAGUCACCCAGCAAGUCCUUCAAACCCCGAGUAACCGUAAUAACUUAUGCAAAAACUAGAAGCCAUUCCAGUCAACGUGACUUCUCAAGUCUUCCUACCCCAGCAAUAUAAGAAGUGUGUAUAGAUGCAGUGGGUGUUUUUUAGUUCUCCCUCUAGUUCCAUAAAACAUGUCUUCCUAUCAACAGAAAAUAAUUCCUCGCUGAAUGGGUACAAUUCUGGUCCACUUCCAUGCAAAAUAACCUUUUUUUAGGCAGAUUAGAGGCCCGAAGUUGAUAAUGCACCCUCUAGAUAAGCUGUGAGACUAGUCGUGUCUCGGUAAUGCACCCACAGGUUACAUGGGUUUUGGUAACAAUAUAACUUGUGAGACGAGUGUGGACUGUGUAGUUUGGAUCUUGAGGUACAGUAAUGAAUUGGGAGCAAAUCUGACCCCAUUACCGUACCCUAGACUCCUGCCUUAAUUUAACAAUCCAUGGAGUAUUGCAAGAUCAGAUUGAUGGUUUGGCCUAGAUUAUACAAAUAUAAAUAAAGUCUUAGAGUCUGAACUUUACACAAUAUGGAAUUUCUCAGUUACAUCGUCGAUGCUUCCCAUCCUUUGGGUCUUCAUUUAAUUUGGAGACCAAGAACAGAGCUAUAUACUAUGAGUUGUUACCUACUGUCCUCAGAGAGAUUUCACGCUUUCAACAUCUCGGCUUGAAAACCACAUGGGUGAUCAACAUGCAAAUAACAAAACCCCGCAGCAAUACAUAUA